AUGGCGGGGAAUGUCCUUUUACAAGAAGAAUUCGACAAUCUUUGUGUCGGUGAAAUAUGUGACUCUUCGAUUGAAACUUUGAAGGCGCAGAGAAAAGAGGUGCUGCCAUUCCACGCACUAGAUUGCGGAAUGUUCAGUCACGAUAUUUACUUUGCUGCGUGCUCGAAAGACUAUCCUGUGCCAACUGGAAUGCCGUCUAGCUACCUUGCUAGAUCAGCUGAUGACUUGUGUGCCAACAACAACCUUGAUCUUGACUACCUCGGCUCUCCAACUGACCAAGAUUGGAACGCUGUUGAGAUGGUGGAGACGCCGAGACGCACCCAUGACGAUAUCUCUGAGCCUUCUACUCCAGGCGUCUACUGGGAUCAAGUUGUUUACUCACUCAUGUUGGACGCUCUUGAUCUUGACGUUCACAAUCCUACUUUGGGCACCACUGCACCCUCGGAUAUGUCCGCUUCUCAAUCGGCGCACGCCUACUCGGAUCCUCAUGCCAAUUUGACCUCUACCGAAAUGUCUAAAAAUACUGCAACACUCGACACAACCAACCACUCUGGUGGCCCAACGAAGAAACGAAGCUAUAAACGCUCCCCCUACCAAUGUGCAGUCUGCAAACAAAUCCUUACUCGAAAAUACGACUUGCAGCGCCAUAUGCUAGUCCACAAUCCUAUUCGUGUUUUCUGUCCCUACUGUGCCAAGACUUAUUCUCGUGAGGAUAACUUGCAAAAGCACAUUGACAAUAAACAUUGA